CUUACUGCGGAGGUGGAUCGCCCAGUAAGUUCCGAGUGAUAGUCCAGAAAUGUUGUCUCUCAGUCUCAGUCUCCAUCGUCCUUUCCUCUCGUAUCGACAAACCGCGUCCGGUACCAUUUGGUGGCAAUACAUUGAAUUGAUUAGAUACAUUUUUUUGGUUUUUUAAAAUUUUAUUUUAUUAUAUAAACAAUUAUUAUUUCUACUCAAGUGACGAUGUGAUUAUUUUAUUUUUCUUUUCUUUUAGUUUGAUAGUAAUUUUUUUUUUUUAAAUUUUUGUUUUGAUAUUAAUUUUUUUUUGAUCAAAUUCGGAAGAUCUUCUUGGAAAUAUGCACACGGUGAUUUGGACGUUCCUGGCACUGAACUUCAUACAGGUUUCGGUUUACUGCUUGACUGCAGACGAAAUCGAAGCUGAAAGGAGCGGAUGGAAUUUAACUCCAAACACGCAAUAUCACAUUCAAACGGACGAAGGUCCCGAGAGAUUUUUCCGGUUCCAAACUCUGAAUGGACAGUACCGGAAGGAGAAGAGAUUAGCUGACGGUACUGUUAUCGGUACAGAGGGAUGGCUCGAUCCUUUAGGUUAUUUGCGAAUCAAAGAUUACAUCGCCGAUCAACAAGGAUUCCGAAUCCUUAAAUCGAAAAUGGUGUUUGUUGGCAAAGAACGACCGAUACAGGAUGCGGUUUCAAUUUCGAAAAAAGUGCCUCCUCAGAGUGGAAUUUUGGUGAGGCCGAGAAGGCCGCCUAAUCCUUUCAGGCAACCAGAAAUAAAGGACGUGUCUGGCAACAGCAUCGAGGUGAAUACUGUUUCACCAUUAAGGAGUUAUUCUCCAUCGACAUUGUCGCCGGCAGUCUCCGUUUUGCAAUACGAUCAUCCAGUGCCAACGACAUUCAGACCAAAAGUUUAUCCCUUCACGACACCGUCGCCCUACGAUGAUGGAUUUAAUGCUAAUUCAAACUACCUCUCAACUGGACAUCAAAUUCAGAAUCCAUUCAUCAAUCCCUAUGAAAGAUCGUAUUCGUAUCGAGUACCGCAACCUGCUGUGAUUGUUGAAUCGCCAAAUUUUAAUGAUGAUCAGUUGCAGGCCGCGAGCCAUGUGAGAGUGGCACCUACUGGUUUUAGGGGUUACAGGCUGGCGAAUAACACUGUCAAUAGCAAACGAUACUCUAGGUAUCGACCAGAAAUUGCCAGGCGUGGAUCAGUGAGAUAUCAAGAAUAUCCUGCAUACGAUGGUCAUCAUCAGACAGCUGAUGGAUUUCAAUAUUACCUCAAAACACAUUAUCACGAAGAAGAACAAAAGCCAAAUGAUAAAACAGUAGGAUCCUUUGGAUAUGUCGAUCCAUUUGGUAUCAGAAGGGUAGUUUAUUAUAAAGCCGAUCCUCAAAAUGGUUUUGUUCACAAGAAAAACAAUAGAUACGUUGGUUUCAAUUCAAAACCAUACGAUCCAGUUUCCACUGGUUCACAUUGAUAAUAAUUCAACGACCGAAUUUUAUUUUAAGACUAAAUUCCAUCUAGAGAUGAGACGAGAAUUUUUCUACUUUUUUUUUUUUUGUUUUUUCUAUACUUUUUGUAUUUUUUAUUUAAUUUUUUCCUAUUUUUUCACUUUUGUUUAAAUUAAAUUAAAUUUUUCAUUUGUAGUUACAAAUGAAAAAUUUAAUUAAAAAAAGUAAAUAUUAAAAGUUCUCGGCAUAUUUCUGCAAUUGGAAUUUACGUUCUUCUGGCAAUUAUAUUGCCAACGCCAUUUUUUCUGUGAGUGAUUUCAUAAAAUGUAAUUUUGUCAGGACUAGUAAAAAUCUACUAAGACAGUGGACUCUAAAAUUUAAAAAAAAGAUUCUCGAUUGUUUAGAAUCAUCUGACAAAAUGACAACUAGUUCCUUAGGGACACUUGAAACCUAAUUAAGUAGACUAAGUUGAAGUUCACAACGUUGAUCAACGAAAAAAAAAUUGUUCACUAAGUAAAUUAAUUAAAAAUUACUCAGCAAUAUUGACACAAAAAUAUUUAGAAAAAAAAGAUUGAUGUUUAUGUUUUGAUAAUAAUUAUUUUACAAUUAAAUAUUAAAUUAAAAAUAAUACUUAAUUGCAUUAAAUAAAUUUUUUUCGUUGAUCAACGUUGUGGACUUUAACUUUGUUUAAGCAGCUCUGAGAUAAAGGAACGAGCGUUUUUUACAUUAAAAGUAUUUAAUUUCCCUUUGUUAGUUAUUUAUCGUCUUAAAGUAAUGAAAGUCAAGUCUGAAAUUUGACUAUUAUUUAACUAAUAAUACAUUAUGGUUUAAAAUUAUU